GUCAUCUCAUAGCCUAAAUUGAAUUCGUCAUGAAAUCGAAUAUGAAAUAAAUUGUUUGUCUUUCUUCGAAACAUUUUUUAGCGUGCUGUGUAAGUUCUGAUGACCUAACCCCUGAAGCUGUAUUUGUUACCUACUAUGUCGAAGCAAUUAUAACUAAAAGCCGUAGAGACCAGGACCAGCACUUGCUUCGCUGUCGUCUUUUCGUUCUCACCAUUCUUGCGAAGAGCAUACCUCCGAGCACGUCACUCCAGCUUCAGCACUACGAAGAUCCUUGUGUGACAGCAAACGCAGAUACCUCCUAUCCCGGAGCGAGUAUCAGUUAUUUUCCUUUUUCUUUCAUCCUUUUUCUCCUCUCUCGGUGUCACUGGAAGAUGCGUGCAACGCGGCAGAACGCCAUUCGUCCCGUGCGGUUGCUCGUGGCGGCUUUGGUGAGCUCGCAGUCUGGGGUUGUAGCAAAGAUACAGCCGCAAGACAUAAAAGCGGUUUCGUGUGCAGUUUGCGAGCUGGCUGUGGAAAAGGCCAUCGGCGCUGGACUUGACGAAGACAACGUGGAAGACCUAUGCGAACCAAAAAAUAAGCUCGGGAGGUAGUCGGAGAUCACGAUAGGCAUAUUAGACUUUGUAGUUAAUUUUUGGAUACUACUCGAAGUCCAGUAAUAAAUGAUGAAUGUGAAGCGGUGAGGACUUGUUCACCAAAUAGUAUCACCAUUUUGUUAGGUUACGGGAAUAAGCAGUAAGAGUAUCGGUGACGUUGUGAAAGAAAAAGGUCGUCUGAAAAGUUUAUUAAAUACAAACUUUUCCUUGUGUAUUUAAAAAGCAAAAUACGGUAUCCGGAGGUCCAUGGGAGUUCAUUUACUUGCAGGUGGCUCGCCCAGUUGGAUUUGGUUGACGAAAGCGACGGACGGAUUACGGUUCAAGAUAUGGGGACAGCGGGACAGUGUAGGAAGGAGUGCAGUACAGCGAGCAGAGCGUGCCGAAAUUGGGCAUUGGAAGAUACGGGUACAACAAACAUUUUCUAUUUGUGUCUACUGUACCUAUCUCAACAAAGUCAUCAAUGCAUGUGAUUACGAAGGAUCCCUAAGACAAUCUAAGCAGCCAAAUCUCACCAAUUUCUCAAAAAACAGACGCGUUGCUUGCGAUGUUGCGCAAGGGAUCUUCAGCUGGUCGCAUCAAGGGAAAGCUGUGCAAGAAGAGCUGCAAACAGUACCGCAACUUAGUGGCAAACCGCCCUCAAGACGAGGAAUUUAAGGAAGUCGACGCUAAGAUUGCCGAGAUGGAGGACAUGAUGAAGGACAUGAAGGAAAAGACUGGCAUGGGCAUGAAAAUGUACUCUCGUGAAGAUUUCGCCUCGAUGUCAGAUGGCGACAUGGAAGCUAUGGCGGCGAGGGAACAACUCGCGCAGGAACGCAUGGAGUCGCGCUACAUGAAUGGAGAUAUGCCAGAGGUGCCGCCGAGUCCGGAUCUUUAACUGCGCGCAUCUAAGUAACAAGGCGAUACGUGACUAAACACAUCUGCUCUGCUUUGUCAUCUCGAAUCUACUUGGCAAGAACGACCAGCGGUUCUGAGGUUGUAGUGCAACGAAUCAUCCCGCUGAACGACCGCGAAGUUAGAAGUAAAUGAUUGCUGAUGUGGGAAGAUAAAAGCAACAAUCGUGGAUGAGGAAUCGCCUGCACAACGGCUGCGUCAUCGCAUAAAAAGAAAAAAAGAACGAAACUCAACUUUCACUAAAUUUCUAAGAAACUUAAAGAAAUUUUCUAUAGCAAUAAAUGGUGAUGGUGAAUAAUAUAUACAUUUUGUUUACUAACAGGGAAAACAGUGGAAAUGUAACGAAUGAACAAAAUGCGAUUGUGACACAGCGCAACUGAUGUCCUCGGUGAUCCCAGUUUUUAUCUCAUAUCAUAACGAAGGAGCACUAACACCAAAAGUGUUGCAUCUCUGCGUUCCAUCCUCCUGACUCGGGAAGCUUCCCUAAAUUUGAUGCAUGUACUACUUGUUUCUUCAACACAUGUGAGUUUGAUCAAGCCGCUGCACCGCCUCGCCGAUGAUGCCCUUGGUUAUGGUUCUCCUAGGCGGUCGAUGAACAACGCUCUUUGUCUUAGCUCCUGGG